CCCGUGUACCGUGGCUUCACAGCGACACUAGGCGGGAUGGUUUUGUCAACAUCACAACAAGUCGCCUUGGCUUUCACGGCCGUGCUGUUUACGUUCGUCGUCCUGCCCAGAAUGCUCGGGGUCGGCGGCGGAGCCGGGACGAAGGACACGAGGAUGGACCCUCGAUAUUCCAGAAAAGGUCCUGGACCGGCUGGGGUCAGAGGUCAGGCCGUCCAUGGGUCCGGUCCCAGCCCAGAGAACAUGCAGCAGAUGAAGAAGCUGAUGGAGCAGGAGAUGAAGAACAGCGACAAGUUCAAGUCAAACAGCAACAACAAGGGCUACGUCUUCACGCUGAUGCCGCUCUACGCCAUCGGAGUGGGCGUGUUUGCGGCCUACAAGUUUCUGAAGAUCAAGUCAGCUGACGACCAGGCACAGAAGGACAAACUGACCAAAGGAGCGAAGAAAUCCGCCGAGGCAGAAAACCAGUUGAACGAGCUGGAACAACGGCUGGCUCAGACUGAGAGGAUGCUCAACUCCAUCCUCACUCAGCUGGACCCUCUGACCAACUGUGUGAAGACCGUGGCCCAGGAGCAGAAGACUGAGAUCAUGUCUCAGCUACAGACCAUCCGGUACCUGAUGAAGAAGAGAGGGAUGGACUGCCCCCCCCUCAACCUCAACGAGGCGUCCUGUGAGCGUAACCUUGACAACCUGAUCGAGUCUCUCGGGGCCAGUGAAUACACGCUGUCGGACGGUGAGACGCCUGGACCGGCAGAGGAGAUGGAGAAAAUCUAUCAGACACAUUCAGAUGCUACAGAAGAAGAUGAGGAGGAGAUGAAGGAGCUUGUACCUGAGGAUUGUGACCAGGAGGUGAAGCCAAAAGAUGUUUUAGACGAGCAGGAGGAGGAGGAGGAAGAGGAGGAGGACUGUGAGCUGAUGCCUUCACUAGAAGACUCUUGUGAGACAGAUACUGAGAAGGUUUUUGAUGCAUCUGGCCUGAGACGACGCCACAAGCCUGAAUGACAUGGCUGCCCCCUACAGGAAUAGUUUAUUAACGUUCUUUUAUUAGGAUUAUUUAUUAUUUAAAGGAGUUUCUUCAACAGUGCUCUUAACUUGUUCAUUGAAGACAUUUAGUUCAUUAACAAGGAAGAACAGCUUCAUGAGUCAAGUACUCCUGCCUUACAGGUAAAAGGUCAAUGGUUCAAUUCCCCGGUGGAGUUUGCAUGUUCUCUUUAUGUGUGUGUUUCCUUCAGGGACUUCAUCCCACUGUCCACAAACUACACUCUGGAUUGACUUUGGGUGUGAAUGUGAGUGUGAAUGGCUGGUGAAUCAUGAGUGAAUAAAAGUGUUUUAACUUCACACUGACGUCAAAUCUCUUUUCACAUAAAAAUCAACUCUAGGGAAUGAACUUCCAACUCUUUGAACAUGAUCUAGGAUGUGUUUCAAGUCUUGUCAUGAGCAAGUUAUGAGUUUAUUUAGUUUGUCAUAAUGUGAUGCUUUAAAGUCUUAGUUUUUUAAAAUAUUCAUUUAAAUGUAGUCGACGUGCCGCUGGCUGUGACUCAGUGUGAGCUCCAUUCUAAUCGUUGUACGUCUGGAUAUUUUAUAUUUUGUGCAUGAUGAUUGGUUUGCUGCUCAUUCUGACAAAGCACGUUUUCUGUAAAACAAAAUACUGCAGUUGUCUGAUCUGUGAGUCUUUAUUCCUGUCACCACUACAGUUAAACGUCUGUCUCUGUGUCUCUCACUAAUAUGGAGUCAUUUUUUUCAGCCUUAAUUUAAUUUUCCUUUCAGCCUGUAGUCGUUAUUUGUUGAUGAAGUUUUGUAUUUUUCCUGGCAGCUUAAAUAAACAUACUCUUAAAA